UCUUUGGAAACCAACGCAACCUCACAGAGCGCCUAAGCAACAAGGCUUGGCUAGGAUUUGGGCUGGUAAGGUUGAAGCCGAUUGUUAUAAACGGGGCCCGGUUCAACGGAAAAUACUCUGGACACCAACACCACCCUCUCCACAAGAACACUCCGGGAGGGUCAGUGACUAUGGGAAACCUCGCUGGACAGAACCACAGUUCAGCCUACUGGCAAACGCAAUUUCAAGGGAAGCUAAGGCAAGUGGGGAUGAAGCCAGUGAUUUUAAAAGCUGUCUUAUGCAGCAGAAAGAUAUCUGCACAGCGCCGCACAUCACUCAGGCCUGUGAAGAGGUGGAGGCUUCCUCCCAGCACGCCAUGACUGUCGACCCGGAGCUCACCACACUGAAGGAGAAGAACGAAGCUUUAAGAUCUUCCCUCCAGCAGGCAAGCUGCGAAAAGGAGGAGAGCAUUAAGCUAAAGGAGGAGAACGAAGCUUUAAGAUCUUCCCUCCAGCAGGCGAGCUUCAAAAAGGAGGAGAGCAUUAAGCUAAAGGAGGAGAACAAAGCUUUGACAGCUGAAGUGGAGCAGCUCAAAGAAGAGCUGAAAGAAAAUUACGUUCUUCAUGAUGAGGUCAAUCAGAAGAACGUUAAAAAGAUCAGUGAUCUGGAGGUCCAGCUUCUGUUUAAGACGGCCUCUGAAGACAACACUCGCCAUGAGAAGGAGCAGAUGGAGGAGGCUCUUCAGAGGCAAAAGGAAAGCCAGAAGGAAACAGAAGUCUACCUGGCCGAGCAGAGAGAGGAGAACCACGAGCUGAUGGUUAAACUGGCCCAGGCGCUUAGCAACCUGGAGAGUCAGCAGCUGCAGUGGCAGGAGGAGAGAACCCGUCUCCUCCAGUCGCUCAGCGACAUCCAAGACACCCUGCAGGAGACAACAUGCAGCGGUGUGAAAGAGGAGACUGACGACCAAGGGGAGGCAACACUAAGCCAACCAAAAGGCAACACUAAGCCGAAAAAACCUUCUCUCUGGAGAAGAUUCCUCCGGCUGUUCAAAUAAUCUGGAGGACAAUUUGCCACCAUAGUUACUCCCCCAGCUAUCCUCCCAACCCUCAACUCCACAUCCUUAUCUCCCCAUCUGUAUUUCUAUUAGUCUGUAGACAUCUGUAGAGAUGUGAUCUCUCUACAUAUUGCUACUGCUAAUACCCCAUCGGUCCAUUAUUCUCCCAACAUCUGUAGAGACGUGAUCUCUCUACAGAUUGCUAC